CGUUAAAUCAAAUCAAGCUAGAUAAGUGGGGAGUUAGCUAGGCUUAAAAGGCUGUAUUUUACUCAAGAAAAAUUCUUUGCUUCAGGUCUCAUUUUAUGUUAGAUUACCCCGCAGCGCUUAUUUUUAGAUAUCUCCAACCCCACAUGCCUGCCACUAGACAGGCACUGCAACAUUUGCUGUACUCAAAAUUUUCAGCGUGAUUAUAGCAGUGACACAUGCUUUUUUAAUCAUAUGGUCAUUGGGUUCAUUAUGGAUUGAUUUUUAUGUCCAAUAUAAAACCCUGGGUCAUUGCCUGUUAUUCUUUUUUAACAUCCUCAUUGCAAACCCAUCCGUUGCAAGCUUCCUCUUCAUACUUUUUAUUUGAGCAUGUCCAUUCAUAGUUAGAGCAGAACAGAACAUCUUCAUUUAUUGAAUGUAAUGUUAGAAAAAAAAAUGCUGGUCAAUUGGUUGUCAAUGUGACAGCUUACAUACCCAAGUCAGUUACGCAGGCGUGUUUGAAAGUAUUACGAAACUAUUUAAGGAAUAGCAAUAUUUGGUACACGACACCAUACAUUACUCGAGAUGGGUUUUAUGUCCAGAAAAGUUCUGCCCGUAUGUGGGCGUAUGUGUGUGUGCUGCCCAGGGCUGAGAUCAAGGUCCCGCCAGCCUGUGAAGAGAUACAAGAAGCUCUUUGCUGACAUUUUCCCUAAGGUCCAGGAUGAACCUCCAAAUGAUCGUAAAAUUGCCAAACUCUGCGAGUAUGCAGCAAAGAAUCCAUUGCGUAUACCAAAGAUAGCCAACCUCUUGGAACAAAGGGGCUACAAAGAAUUGCGGAAUGAGCACUUUGGGUCUGUACAUGUUAUAAUGACUGCAUAUGGCAAAUUACUUUCAUCAUGCAAAGAUCAGAUGCCACUUUUUGCUAUCAGUCUCCUGAGCAUGAUCCAUACACUUCUUGAGCAGAAUCGGCAAGAUGAUAUGCGAAUUUUGGGUUGCCAUACACUGUUUGAUUUCAUUUAUAGUCAGAGAGAUGGGACAUACAUGCAUAAUUUGAAUGGGUUGCUAUCUAAGCUCUGUGGGCUUGCUCAUGAGAAUGGAGAAUACAGUAGAUGUCGACGUCUAAGAGCUGCUGGUCUACAGGCUCUUUCUGCUAUGGUCUGGUUGAUGGGGGAAUGUUCACACAUUUCAGCUGCUUUUGAUGAUAUUGUCUCUGUUACUUUGGACAAUUAUCGUGUUCCUACUGUUGAUCCAGGUCGUAACCAGGAAAGAAGUGACUCACCUCAUAAUUGGGUGAAGGAAGUUCUCAGAUGUGAGGGGAGGGGUGGAGAUUCUCUGCCAAAUUGUGCCUCAGGAAAUCCCAGACCUCAUAUAAAAAAUCCAUCUACACUAACAAGGGAAGAGAUGGAAACACCUAAGGUGUGGUCUCAAAUUUGUAUUCAAAAUAUGGUUAGACUGGCCAAAGAGACAACUACAGUACGCUAUGUCCUAGAACCCAUAUUUCAGUACUUUGAUACUGGAAAGCACUGGUCUCCUGAGCAUGGAUUGGCUAUCUCUGUUCUUCGUGAUAUGUCAUACUUGAUGGAGGGUACAGGAAAUGAUCACUUGCUUUUGGCUGCUCUUAUCAGACACCUGGACAACAAGAGUGUAGUACACCAACCUCAGAUGAAAACCGACAUUGUUGAGAUUGCUGCUAUUUUGGCUAGGCAAGCCAGAUCAAAACCGACAGUUGCUGAAGUUGGUGCAAUCAGUGAUCUAUGCAGACAUCUACAUAAAAGUCUUCAAGCCACAAUGGAGGCAAUAGGUCCACUGGAGGUUAAUUGGAAUGCUUCUCUCCAGGAUGCUAUUGAAGAAUGUCUUACGGAACUCAUAAAACGGGUUGGAGAUCCUGGACCAAUUUUUGAUAUGAUGGCAAUGGCACUUGAGAAGCUGUCUGUAAUACCAGUUGCAGCAAGAGCCACUAUUGGAGCAAUGUCUAUUCUUGCUCACAUUAUAGCUUCAAAGUGUGAUCAUUCAUAUGUGCAACAGGGCUUUCCAGAUUCUCUUUUCCAUCAAUUAUUACAAGCAAUGAUGCACCCUGAUGUUGAAACACGUGUAACUGCCCAUCGAAUAUUUGCUGUUCUUCUUGUUCCAACAUUGGUUUCCCAGUCAGGUUCCCAACAUGACUCAAAGAGGACAUUUUCCAAGCCUGCUUCAGCAUUUGCUUCUGCAACUGCACUGUUUGAAAAGCUUAGGAAAGAAAAGGUAGGCUUACAAGAUGAGAAAAAUGGCAGUGAGGCAUCUGAUGAAACAAAGGAAAGGGAUGGCAUUGAGGAAGAAUGGAGGCAGGAUGGUUUUCGUAAAAGCCCCACUAGGUUUUAUAGCAUUAAUCUUUCUGUUCCUGAUAUGCGAACAAUUUCAAGUAGCUCAAUGGUGAAUGACGUGGGUGCAAUGAGGCUUUCUGGUGAUCAAGCAAUUCAAUUACUUUCUGCACUUUGGAUUCAAGCAAAUUUACCUGAUAACAUGCCUGCCAACUUUGAAGCAAUUGCUCAUACUUUCAACCUGACGUUGCUCUUUUCACAAAUGAAGAAUUCAAAUCAUUGCAUAAUUAUCCGAUCUUUUCAACUUGCUUUAUCCCUAAGGGUUAUAUCAAUUGAUCCAAAUAGCUCUUUACCUCCAUCAAGGCGUAGAUCAUUAUUUACUUUGUCAACAGGCAUGCUUGCAUUUGCAGCCAAGGCUUAUAACAUUCCAGAGAUAAUUGAUGCAUCUAGGGCAUCACUUAGAGAUUCUAUUGUUGAUCCAUACUUGGAGCUUCUAGAAGAUCUCCGGCUGAUUGUAAAAUCUAAUAUAGAUACCAAGGAGUAUGGAUCAGUAUCCGAUGAUUGUGCAGCUUUAGCCUCACUUUCAGCCCUGAUGCUCUUAGAAACUGAAUCCAAUCAGGCUCUUAUUGAUAACCUGAUUCACAGUUUGUCUACAAUGUUUGAUCAGGAGAAGUCAAGUAUAGCUAAAGAACUAUCAGAAACAUUUUCGCCAGACGAUGAAUUUGCCUUUGGUCCACAGCUACUUCUGGAGUCUGGUCAUAAAGCAGUGUUUUCUAAGGAAUCACUUUCAUUUGAUGAGGUUUUACCAGCAAGUUCAGGAAUGGAUGAUGACCUCGUAAGUGAGACAUCUGGCACUGAUCUACCUCGUCUUCUGUCAAAGGCUUCAGCUCCUUCUGCUCCACCAAAUAUUAUAAGUGUUGGUCAGUUGCUGGAAUCGGCACUUGAAACAGCAGGACAGGUUGCUAGUGCAGCUGUGUCGACAUCACCCCUUCCUUUCAGUACAAUGGCUAGCCAAUGUGAGGCUUUUGGUUCUAGCACACGAAGAAAACUCUCUGUCUGGAUGAACCAAGAGGCAAAUCCGGAUACUUUAUUUUUGACAUUUCCUGUUAAUGAAGAACUACGAAGCACAGGCAUACCUCAGAACUUUGAAAAGAAUGAGGGAAAGGUUCUGACAACAGAUACACAAGGCAAUCAAGGAGUGGGAAAAGUUUUGAGCUCACGGAUCUUUGAUCGUGAACCAUUGCCACAUGAACCAUGGCAAGCAAUGCGGCUUCCGGCAGCAAGUCCAUUUGAUAAUUUUUUGAAGGCAGCAGGUUGUUAGGCUUUCUGAUAAUUAUACAUCAAUAUGCACCAUUUUCCAGUUCGUUGUGUUCCUUCACCAUCUAUAUUCUCUUGUUUUACAUGGAGUUCAUUGCCGUGUAUAUAAUAUGCCAUUACUUAAGCUGGUUUUCAUUCAUCCAUGAUUUAGAACACGUUGGAUUGUUUCUCAAUCCAGUGCUAGUUUGAAAGUUAUUUCAAGUUGCAUGACGAAUUUAGAUUUUAUGCUACAUCAUAUUUCUGAAUCUGUUAUCAUUUAAAGAGUUGUCAUAAAUAUUAAUCUUGAUAAUUUCAUCCUUUUAAGAAGUGGAAUGCUUUCCUAUUUACGCAA